AUGUCUGGAGAACCACUACUUUCACCAGAUUCAUACCUCGCCCUAAGAAGUUCUCAAUUUAAAGUGCCUCUUGAAUUGGCAAGAAAGAAUCUUCGAAACAUUCAAAGGCUGAAUAAAAAGCACACUUCUACAUUAAGGGUUCGCUUGAAGCGACUACAGAAUAAGAAACUUAGCAAGGCACAAAAACUAGAGGCAAUAGACAAGUUGAUCAAUUUACAGAAGUCGUUUAGGAAAGAGAUUGCUCGCCGGGCAAAACACCACAAUGAAUUUGUUAGCCGCCUAGUCGUACGAGCAGAAAGGCUUGCUAAUUUUGAGGAUCUAGUCAAAGAAGCUAGGAAAUACCAGAAUGAGAAGGAUUUGGAAGAACAGUUAGGCUCGUCAUCUAGUCUCUUUGUGGAUAGUAACAAUGACAUGACUGAUACUUCAAACCGAAAAGAGGGUGUCUCCUUUAAAAGGACAAAAACUUUUAAGAAUGCUUCACCUGAAUAUUGCCAAUCGCUUAUCUCCGAAUUAGCACAGAAAGGCGGCUCCAAAGCAGGCAGGCUGAGUAGGCAGAUCAAGAAGUUUUUAAACGACGAGAUUUAUCUUAAUGUUAUUGAAUACCUACUUCGGACAUCAAUUCAUGAAGAUGCUUCAGCAAAAAUGAAUGGAAAUAUUGGACUUAGUUUGGCAAAAAAAUUUGGACUUACUAAAUUUAUUGAUUGGGACGUGAUUUCACAAGGGAUAUCCAUAUACCGCCGGAUAAUGAAGCAUAUGGAUUUAAAGAUCCUUAUAGCAUGGUGCUCAGAAAAUGAAAAGAAAUUGAAAGAGUUAAAUUUACAAUCAUCCAAAGGUACUGAUCUCACAUACGAAACUUCGUUUAAUCUCUUUGUUUCCAAAAUUGAGCAUUUACAACUAUUCGAUGCCCUUAAUAUUGCUUCAAAUCGAUUGAUUGACCAUUCAGCGGAUUUUUACAGUGAUGAUUCUCUUGAAAAUUCACCACAGAAUAAAUGCAGUUCUGGCGUAAAGUUCGAGCGGUUCCUUGGUCCCGGCAUUCUGUACUUCAGCACCAUUAAAGGAAGUCUGUCUUUGAAACAGCUAGCUACGAAUCCAGAAGGGGAAUAUACUACAACAGCAUUUGGAAAAAAUAAUGACUACGGCGUGUGCUUUGGCGACUUUCAGAAACGCCAACAGCGAAUUAAGGAAAACAUUCAGAUGUAUGAAGAUCAAUUAGGAGAACAAAAAUGGAAAUCUCUGGCAGAGUUUUUUCUUACAAAUUUCAACGCUGUGUACGGAAUGGAAAGUACCAUAUCUCUUAUAGAUUUACUUGAAGUGGGAUUACCAGUGUUGAAAACCAGAUAUUGCGAGUUAUAUAAAGAGCUGUCUACAAAUCAUGGACCGCUAGCCAAAUAUAUGGUUUCGUCUUGUCCGAUAUGCUCUUCCACUUUUGGAGAAUAUUCUUGUCAAUGUUCACACCAAGUAGUCUCGAAUGUCUUUUCCGAUCCAGUGUUAACUCCUGAUCGCUAUAUAUUUUCAUCUGCUAAGCUUUAUAAUUCAACUUUGGGUUUAAAACGCGCAGAAAAGUCAGACGAGAAAUAUGCACACAUUCAACCUAAUGGAGAUUUUUUGGCGGCAGCAGAAGGAAAAUUUCCAUGGUCAGAACUUCACUUUAGUUUUCCAAACCCUCUCACGGGCACUUUAAUAGAGGCUUCAGAGAUUAGGAAAGUUUAUCCUGCAUAA